CGCCAGUGUGUGGCGGGGACCCGGCUGCGCUGAGCAAUGAAUGGGCUGUUCCAUGUGAGGCUGAUGUGCUCCUAUCGAUUGUAUCUCGCUGUAGACAAAUGCAGAGCUUGUGCUUUGCAGUCUUCUCGGGGCUGCAGUGUAGCCGAGCUGAAGGAUGCUGCUUUAAUUCAGCGUCACACCAACUUUCAUCAAUAACCCCCCUACCGGACCAAUUGGAAGACUCUUUUUCAUCAGAUUUUUUUUUUUCUUCCUCCUCUCCCUUCCUUCCUCUUUCUCCUCCAGCACCAUCAAGGGAAAGUCCCCGGUUUCCUAUCCUAAGGAGAAGGAGCGCUUUGCCGGGAUCCGCAGCGCAGCUGCCAAUGGAACUGUCCAGGGUGCUGUAAAUAGGGAGCAGGACAGGCAGAGCCGCCACUCCGGCCCCGGCGGGCUCAGUUUCGUUUUAGAAAUUGAAUUGGCAAAGCUGGAAAUGGGGCAAAACGAGGUGCAGACUGUCUUCCUGCUGCUGCUCAGCCUUGUGGGGGAGAGCUGUGGAGGGUUCCCCAACACUAUCAAUAUCGGUGGACUUUUCAUGAGAAACACAAUACAAGAGCACAGUGCUUUUUUAUUUGCCGUGCAGUUGCACAACACCAACCAAAACAACACAGAGAGGCCGUUCCAGCUGUUUCACCAUGUAGACCACUUGGAUUCGUCCAACAGUUUCUCUGUGACCAAUGCAUUUUGUUCACAGUUUUCCAGAGGAGUCUAUGCUAUCUUUGGAUUCUACGACCAAAUGUCCAUGAACACUUUGACAUCUUUCUGUGGAGCCCUACAUACAUCCUUUAUCACCCCAAGCUUCCCAACGGAUGCAGAUGUCCAGUUUGUUAUUCAGAUGAGGCCACCGCUUAAAGGAGCCAUUCUAACCCUUCUCAAUGAAUAUGACUGGCAAAAGUUUGUUUAUCUCUAUGAUACAGAAAGAGGAUUCUCUAUUCUUCAGGCCAUUAUGGAAGCAGCCGUACAGAACAACUGGCAAGUGACAGCCAGAUCAGUGGGGAAUAUAAAGGAUGUUCAAGAGUUUAAACGCAUCAUAGAGGAAAUGGAUAGGCGUCAGGAGAAGAGAUUUGUGAUCGACUGUGAAGUUGAGAGAAUAAACACUAUUCUGGAGCAGGUUGUAAUCCUUGGGAAACACACAAGAGGCUACCAUUAUAUGCUUGCUAAUCUGGGCUUUACAGGCUUUACACUGGAAAGAGUGAUGCAUGGCGGGGCCAAUGUGACUGGCUUUCAGAUUGUCAACAAUGAAAACCCAAUUGUGCAGCAGUUUUUACAGAGAUGGGUCCGACUGGAUGAGAGGGAGUUCCCUGAAGCAAGAAAUACGCCAUUAAAGUAUACAUCUGCACUAACCCAUGAUGCCGUCUUAGUUAUAGCAGAAGCUUUCAGGUACCUGAGAAGACAAAGAGUCGAUGUCUCUAGGAGAGGAAGUGCUGGAGACUGCCUUGCAAAUCCUGCUGUGCCCUGGAGCCAAGGAAUAGACAUAGAAAGAGCCUUAAAAAUGGUACAAGUGCAAGGAAUGACCGGGAAUAUUCAGUUUGACACAUAUGGGAGAAGAACUAACUACACAAUUGAUGUGUAUGAAAUGACUGCCACUAAACCUCGAAAGGUGGGACACUGGAAUGAAUAUGAACGCUUUGUACCAGCUCCUGAUCAGCAGCCUACAAAUGAGUCUUCCUCUGUUGAGAACAAGACAAUUAUAGUUACGACAAUAUUGGAAAACCCCUAUGUCAUGAAAAAGAAAAAUCACGAGCUGUUGGAUGGAAAUGAUAAGUAUGAAGGAUAUUGUGUGGACUUAGCCAGUGAAAUUGCGAAGCAUGUUGGAAUAAAAUACAAACUUUCAAUAGUAGAAGAUGGUAAAUAUGGUGCUCGGGAUCCAGAAACGAAAAUAUGGAAUGGAAUGGUGGGCGAACUUGUAUAUGGGAGGGCGGAUAUAGCUGUGGCCCCACUCACAAUUACUCUGGUACGGGAAGAAGUCAUUGAUUUUUCCAAACCAUUUAUGAGCCUUGGAAUCUCCAUCAUGAUUAAGAAGCCUCAGAAAUCUAAACCAGGAGUGUUCUCCUUCCUGGAUCCUUUGGCCUAUGAAAUAUGGAUGUGUAUAGUAUUUGCAUACAUUGGAGUCAGUGUAGUUCUCUUCCUAGUUAGCAGAUUCAGCCCUUAUGAAUGGCAUUUGGAGGACACUGAUGAAGCUCGUGACCCUCAGAACCCUCCUGAUCCUCCAAAUGAGUUUGGGAUAUUUAACAGCCUGUGGUUUUCCCUGGGUGCCUUUAUGCAGCAAGGAUGCGAUAUCUCUCCAAGGUCCCUGUCAGGGAGGAUAGUCGGAGGAGUGUGGUGGUUCUUCACUUUAAUCAUAAUCUCUUCCUACACUGCCAACUUGGCUGCUUUCCUUACAGUGGAGAGAAUGGUGUCCCCUAUUGAGAGUGCAGAGGACUUGGCCAAACAAACAGAAAUAGCUUAUGGCACGUUGGACUCAGGAUCAACCAAAGAAUUUUUUCGGAGAUCAAAAAUAGCAGUCUACGAAAAAAUGUGGUCAUACAUGAAAUCAGCAGAGCCAUCUGUAUUUACCAAAACCACCGACGACGGUGUGGCGCGGGUUCGGAAAUCAAAAGGAAAGUUUGCCUUCCUGUUGGAAUCCACCAUGAAUGAAUACAUUGAGCAGAGGAAGCCCUGCGAUACCAUGAAAGUUGGAGGAAACCUCGAUUCCAAAGGCUAUGGCGUGGCAACACCAAAAGGCUCAGCAUUAAGAAAUGCUGUUAACCUGGCAGUAUUAAAACUGAAUGAGCAAGGACUCUUGGACAAAUUGAAAAACAAAUGGUGGUACGACAAAGGAGAAUGCGGCAGCGGGGGAGGUGACUCCAAGGACAAGACAAGUGCCCUGAGUCUAAGUAAUGUCGCAGGGGUAUUCUAUAUACUGGUUGGAGGGCUUGGACUUGCCAUGAUGGUAGCUUUGAUAGAAUUCUGUUACAAGUCACGAGCAGAGUCCAAGAGAAUGAAACUCACAAAGAAUGCACAAAAUUUUAAGCCUCCUCCUGCAGCCAGCACCCAGAAUUAUGCUACAUACAGAGAAGGCUACAACGUCUACGGAACAGAAAGCGUUAAAAUCUAAGGGUUAUUGCAAAGAAGAGCCGAUAGACUGAACAAAAAGGAACAGAAUGAGGCUCAUCCCUCGAUCCCAACCGCCUGAGCCAGUUAAACUCUUUCCCUGGUGUCGAGGGUGACACAAACUGCUGAUGGUGCAACGAACUCUUAGUGGAAAGAACUUUUUUUGUUUUCCUUCAGUGCCUUAAUGGAACAUUCUGAUGAUUCACAACAAUGCAAACCAUCAUUGAAAUUCUAAUGCUUUGCUUAAAAAGAAAAUGAAAUCGAAAACUGGCCACACCACAAGAUCCUCGUGUACGAAAUGUACUCUUGUAAAGAACAAGUUCUCUAUAAGCCAUUAUUUAAAUAACACUCUACAGGGCCUCAUGUACUCUAUAUGCAUUUUAAAGGUGCAUUCACUCUCAUGUUGAUGUAAUGUACUUCCACUCUAUCCCACAUUUCUCACUUCUCAGUCUUAUUCUCAUUCCCAUUGAAGCUGCAUUGCUGUAUGUCUAACUCAAAGCACUCAGACUGCUCGCAGAAAAUUACCUUAAAGAAGGAUGUUAAUGGCUUGCUAUCCAAAGCACUUACACUUCCAUAUUAUGGAUCAAAGCAUGGAAGAAAGGAUUAUUAGAGUUAAAGAUGGUGUAACAGAAAAUAUCACCUGUAAUGUAGAAACAGUCUAAUAGUCUAAGCGUGGAACAUUACAAAUGCCUAUAAUAAAGAGAACCUUUGAAUGAGGAGAAUAUCUACCAUACAUUUGGAGUGAAUGCACUUUUAAGUUCACACUGAAUGAUCUAAUACAUUAUAGAAGGCAAAGUGGUAGCAGCGCUGUUUUUACAAGCAGUAUUCUAAUGAACAGACAACAACCAUUAUUUUACUAAAACAUUACCCUGGGAUUGACCAGCCAUUUUCAAUAGUACUUUACAGAAAUUAAUUCUUCUCAAAGAACAUCCAUGCCAUGAAUGUAGUAUUGUAUUUUUCAAAAUUCCAUUUGUUUUUCGAAUCCAUGUGGUCAGCUUGUGUAAUAACAGUCCAUCUUGCAGUACUGAUCUUACUGACCACCCAAAGGCAACAAAUAAGCCCUGCGACAACAGCUGUCUGCAUUUUUCUACCCUUAAAUAACUGAAUCAUUCUUCUAAAGUACAAGUUGUUCCUGCAGCAUGAGGCAAAAUAUAAUAAUGUUCACAAGUUUACAUAUAGAGGUUAUAUAUAUAUAUUGAACUGAAAUUGCAGAAGCCUGCGAAAAAAGCUUUGCAGUUUUAUUCUUAGCACCUUUAGGGUAGUGGCGCAUGGAGCACUUUGGGCAUUUUGAGCAGGCCAAAACUACAGCGCCAAAGCGCCCAACUGACUUGCAUUAAAUUCACCUGCAACUGCUUGUAUCCGUGCUUGUUAGUUGAUGUUCGCUGCAUCUAUGGUUUGCAGGUGAUUCCCAUUCAAGUCAAUGGAGGCUACUAAAUACAUGGCUCUCAAUAUGCCCAAAAGUGCCUCCUGUGCCACAAACCAUAUGGAGAUCAGGAGUUCUUUAAAGUGAGCUUAUACCUAUAUAGCUGUGAGUAAUACAAAGUAAUCGUUCAGACUGGACCAGCUUGUUCUCUAGCACUGCACAUUUAUUUCUUACUGAUAAAUUGGAGAUAAUAUAAUAACUUUAAGUACUCUGGUUAUUAGCAGAGGAGGCCAUAAUAAAGUCAUAGAACUCUUAGGCUUUAGAUUCAAGUAUAAAUGCAAUGAUACCUUGGAAAUCUCAGUUUUCUUUUCCAUUUGUUAACUGGAACCAAUUAUUUAAGGGCAUAAUUAAUAUAUGUUAAUUUUUUGUAUAGGAAUACUGAUUGGAAAGCUUAAUAGGUGACCUAUCAUUUUCAUUUUCCGUGCAAAGGUCUACCAGAUAACUAGAAUUUUACUGAUAUAAUAUUGGGGGUCUGAACACAUUGAACACAUAACUUGCAAGGGUAAAAUGGUUUAUAAAGGACACUUUAAAAUGUAAUAAAGACAAGUUUGCAUAUAUGUCUUUAGUACAAAAAGUUUGUGUUCACUCAUAAUAUGCCCCUUCUAUAUGACACUACCUGUGUAAUGUCUUUCUAAUAAAGUAGCAACUCUAAAUAUUGUUUUAAAACUGCAUAAAAAGAAUAAAAGCAUUUCCCAGAUUUUCCCGAAUUAGAUUAUUGGUAAAUGAACUGUGUCUCCUAUGGAGGUGGGCCCACAUGCUCUCCAUUAUCACUAUGCCAUGUGCUAGGUUUUCAUACAAUAUAAGUAAAAUAAUAUUUUUACGUAACGCAUUAAUGAUAUCAUUCUCUUAGCAUGGCAUAUGUUUUGCAUAAAGAAAAAAGGAAAAAGAUAAUCACUCUGGGGUGCCAGUUUGUCAUUACCCAUCAGUGAGACCCUGGGCUGGUUCUCCUGUCUGCUGAAAAUUGCUCUGACUUGGUGCACUACACUAGGGGUGCAUAUCGCUGUCUUCUUCUCUUUCCUGAGAUCAUCUUCUCUCUCAGUGUAGAGAGAAAAGCCAAAAUUUGAAGGAAAAAGCUAACUUUUCAUUCUACUGAGCAUGCACACCCAGCCCGGGGCCACAGAAAAGAUACUUGGACAGGAAUAAGAUUGUGAUAGACAUGUAUUUCCUCAAUGAUAUCGAUGGACAUGUGCUUUCCUCAAAGAUAUCCUUAGUGGAUAUUGCAUUUGGCUUCACAGAAGGCAUACAGUUAAAGCUGCCACCUUUUCAGGACAAAAAACACCUAUAUUUUUAUUUUUCUUCUAUAUUUCUAUAACAUCGGCAUCAAAAAUAUUUUUUUAAAUAUCAGCAAGUUGGCAACCCUACGUACAUUAUAUGUUAAUCAGUUUAAAAAUUAAGAUUCUUUCUAUAAUUAUAUUGAUUAUAGAAAAUACAUUAGGUAUGAGGAUGCUCUAUAUAUAUAUAUAUAUAUAUAUAUAUAUAUAUAACCCAGCUUGUAGCUAUUAUGUAAUAGAAAAAUGAAAAACCUAGAGGCAACUGUUAAAUGUCAGAAGUUAUUAAUAAGUUUUCAGACAUAUUUUCCCAGCUUAGCAUCUAAGGGGAUGGAUAGAAAUGUAAUCAUAUUAAUUAAAACCAGUUAAGAAUGAUAAUGGUUCCCCAUUAUCAUUCUUAACUGGUUUUAAUUAAUUAAACCUAUAUAUCCCAAACAGAAAGUAUAGUUUUUACCAUAUAUAUAAUAUAUAUAAAUAAACAAUCUGACUAUUUCUUGAAAAUGAACAGAAAUUAGCAAUAUAAAUAUUGGUUCCAGAUAACGUGACAUGGCUUUAUUUGUUUGAAUACGAGAACGUGCUUUUUCAUGUUUGGCUACUUUAGUUACCUUUAAACCGUGUUUCAGUAAGUGUUGUUUUCCGUUGUUCAUCUCUAUGAAUUCCUGUGCAGCCAUUAGGCAUUUCAAACACUUGAAAUACUUGCCUUAUGACAUUCUUAUUUUCAUUUAUAAAAUCAUGGUUUGUUCACAUUUCCAGGGUCAGCCUUCUGGAGCUUUGAUACCUCUACUUUUUAGACCUUUCUAUAUUGUUUCUUCACUACUUGGCCUUUAUCCAUAUACGCGUAUCCUAGAAUGAGUGUACACAUAAACCUUGCUAACUCGCUUUAAAGGACUGGUCGCAUCAGCUGUCCAACUUGCCAAUGAUGAAACAAAAGAGUUGUACAGUAACCUUUAAUACUUAGUCCUCAAAAUGUCAUCAUCAUGAAAACCGAAUAAAUUCAAAAGUAGGAUAUCAUAUACCAACUUCAUAGAGAGAUACAUUUAGCGAGCCUCAGAAAACAUAGUUACCCAUAGCUAUUGUUACAUGAUAACAUGGAUAUGUAAUGUACUUUAUUGAUAAAAACAUGGACCGGCCUUUAGAUGCCAUCUUCUUCAGGCCAGCAGCACAUUAGAAAGCAGUUACCUGUGGAGCCUAGGAGUGGAAGCUGGCUACAAAAAAUGGGCAAAUUUCUUAUAACGGAACUGUGAUUUCUUUUUUUUCUUUAUAAUGUUUAAAUGCUAUUAAUUCUCCCAAUAUGGGAAACAAAAGCUGUGCAGAAUAUUUAAAAAAACAAAACACUAAAAAAAGGUUUUACCUAAAUGUUAUUUAACCCCUUCUAUGACAGAGAGGCCAACACAAAGUUCACUUUAGGCAGCGUCUGUCGAGAAAAGGGUUAAACAUUAUUGAAUGAAAUGACUUUUUAAGAGUGUGUCUCAAGCCGAAGCAAUCAUGUUCGGUAUUUUUUUAACAAAAUAAAAUGCAUGUUAAAAAAAAAAAAUGUUAAUUGCUUACAAGUUUCUGCCAUUACUGCCAAAGGUCAGCAGUAAAGUAUUUGUUUUUUCCCUUUGGUUUUUUUUUUCCCCCCUUACUUUAAAAAUGAUUCUAUUUUAUUUUAAUUUCCUAGGUUUCCUUUUAUUUUUACUGCAGAUUGGUGAGCAGUAAAAUUGCCAAGCAAACUUAUGGCUGUAAAGAAAAUAACUGCAUGUGCGGACAGAUUACUGAGCCUCAUUUUAAUGAGGCAUGUACAAAGUUUUAAUACAUUUUGUAAAUAAAACUGUAAAGAAAAGACUGCA